GGAACCACACCUCUCACAUAGAAAGAAAAUGGGUUCAGAAACAAUCAAACUCCCAAUCAUAGACUUCUCCAAUCUCAAACCUCAAACUGAAACCUGGGAAUCGACGAAAGCUCAAGUCCGGCAAGCCUUAGAAGAAUACGGCUGCUUCGAAGCAACAUUCGAUCACAUUCCUCUUCAUCUCCGAAAAUCAGUCAUUCAUGAAAUUAAAGAACUCUUCGAUCUCCCUUUACCCAUCAAAUUACGCAACAGGUCCAACAAACCCUACCACGGGUAUGUCGGCCAGUACCCGAUUGUCCCGCUCUACGAAAGCCUCGGGAUCCCUGACGCCCUCUCCCCGGGAAAAAUCCAAGGCUUUUCGGAUCUCAUGUGGGACCAAGGCAAUCCCUCGUUCAGCAAGAGUGUGGAGUCCUUCUCGGAGAAACUAUCAGAAUUGGACAAGAUUGUGAGGAAAAUGGUUGUGGAGAGCCUUGGACUAGACAAGUACAUGGAUGAGCACAUGGAUUCGACGGAUUACCUCAUUCGACUGCAAAAAUACGAUAAGCCUCGAAGCGAGGAGACAGAGCUAGGGUUAUCAUCCCACACGGACAAGAACAUCGUAACAAUCUUGUACCAGAAUGAGAUCAACGGACUCGAAGUCCUCACCAAAGAUGGACAGUGGUUUACCUCUCAACCCUCACUUAACUCCUUUGUUGUCAUGAUUGGAGAAUCCUUUACUGCAUGGACAAACGGGCGGCUGCACGCACCCUACCAUAAGGUGAUGAUGAGUGGAGACGAAGCUCGAUACUCUAUCGGAUUGUUUUCGGUUCCUAAACUGGGAUACGUAAUUAAGGCCCCCGAAGAGAUGGUGGAUGAAGAGCACCCAUUGCUCUUCAAGCCCUAUGAUCAUCACCAGUUUCUUCAAUUUUACUAUACUGAAGCUGGUCAGAGAUCUCCAGCAGCUCUCAAACAAUACUGUGGUGUCUAAGCUCAGGAAAUUCUCACUUCUGAUUAUGUUAAUUAUCUUCCAAAUUUGUGUGUGUUAGUGAAUUUCUUUAAUUUCUGUGAGGUUUUCCUUUGUAAUAAAGAAUUACUACUAUAUUAUAAGAUCGUCGUACUUCUCUCAUUA